AUGGUAGAGACUAAGAUCAAUUCUUUUGAUAGAGUCUCUUUUGUUAGAAUGAUGGGUCCUGCUUGGGAUUUUUUCCUUCUUCCUUCAGAAGGGAUUUCUAGUGGAAUUAUGAUUCUAUGGAAAUCGAAUAUGGCAUCCUUUUCAGUGGUGAAGACAUCAGAUCAAUGUGUUAUACGGGUUCUUAACGUCUCCAAUAAGGGAGUGUGGAGGAUUACAACUGUUUAUGGUAGUGAGGAGGCUCAUAAGAGAAGAUUGCUUUGGGAGUGUGUUCAGGAGCACUCUCAGAGGAAAAUUCCUUCUAUUAUUGGAGGGGAUUUUAAUUAUAUUUUGGCUCCAGAAGAUAAGAAGGGUGCGAGAAAGUUUGUUUUCUCUCAAGGUCCCAUGGAUAUGAUAAAGUUUAAAAAUGAUAAUGAUUAUCAUGAAGUUGGGUUUGUUGGACCAAGCUUUACUUGGUGCAACAACAAAGUUGGAGGAGGGAGGAUACUCGAAAGAUUGGAUAGGUGUAUUCUCAAUUCAUUGGCCAUCAAUAAGAUUCAAAUUGCUGUUGUGAGGCACCUAGCCAGAGUGGCUUCAGACCAAAAUCCUAUUGUGCUAAUGAUAUUUGAGUCGGUCUCAAGAGGGAGGAGGUGCAUUAGGUUUGAAGAUGCUUGGUUAACUUUUAAGACAUCAGCUCAUAUUGUCUCUAAUGGGUGGAAGAAAACUUAUAUGGGGGAUGAUAUGGAAAUCCUUAAUAAGAAAUGCAACAGGACUUUGAAGGACUUGAAAAAUUCCAAUUGCAUUACUCAGCUAAGGAGUACAGAUGGAAUUAUGACUGAAGAACUGAAGGAGGUGGAAGAGGUGUUAUUCAAAUUCUUCCAGAAUAAAUGGAAGAGCAGGAUGUGUUGUUUGGAAGACUGGCCUAAACCGUGGAUUGUUUUGGAAAAGGAAGAUAAAUUCUGGUUGGACAGGGAGCUUUCUGUGUUCGAAAUAGAUGAGGUUGUUUUGAAGUUGGGUAAUAAUAAAGCUCCAGGUUGUGACGAGAUUACAUACUCCUUUUUUUAA